AUGGACUACGCCAUGGAUUCGCCCACGACUCGAAGCAGGACCAAGAGGGGUUUGGAAGAGGCGGGAAGUGGCUUGUCAUGGAAGCACGAACUUGAUCUCAGGAAAGAACUCCUCGAGUCUGCUGAGCAGGACAACGCCAGGACGACUCCUCUACCUUCACAGAAAGCUCGACCGGCAUGCUCCCUCUUGGCUUUUUCACCAUCCCAGCGUCAACUCAUAGCAUCCACUUCCAGAGAGCCUGGUCCGAGCUCCUUGGGACCGAAACGCAAACGUCCGAAUCGAUCGCAGAGGGCAACCAAUUUUGAUCCAAAGCGGAAUACAAGCAGUGCGCCUGUGGUCUCUGGCAACUCUAGCUCUAGGAUUGAGCUUGCGAGUGUCCUAGGACAGCUGGAUAGAGGAAGAAGAAGCUUGCGAGCCAGCUUAUUUCCCUCACUGAUUGGAGAGAAUGUAGAAGUCGAUUCUCUUCGGACCCCUCGAAAUAAUCAUCGGAGGGAUGUGGAUUCGCCGACUCAUGGUGUGCUAGCUGUACGAUCGUCCAAUCUUGCUUUGCAGGACGAAACCGCCCUAGACGAUAGCGCAGAUGGGAAGAAAGAUUCGAAGCUGAUCACCGCACCGACGACAUCCCGUAUAACACCCCAACGCCAAUCCACCAUCCUCCAACGUCAUUCCUCCAGCUCUUCCAUGUCGUCUCUAAUCUCUAAUUGCUCGCUCAAAACUCCCAAAUCGCCACGUACCCAUGGUUCAGGCCUCCGCAUAGGGCUCCGAAGUGUGAAUGCCAAGACGCCAGGCAACAAGGCGGCCACAUGUCCGGCAAACUCAAUAUUGCGACCACAGCUACCCAUUCCCCUACAAGCAUCAGCGUCACAUCCAUGUGGAAAACUGCCAGCCUUUGCACCGACCAUCAGCCCUCAUUCUGCCGCACGCUCAAGAAACAAAUCUGGCGAACUGGCCACUCGGAUCCCCGCUCCUAUGUCGGCAGACCUACAUCAACCCCCUUUGGUAAUACCCAUGCCUGCUUCAGACGACUCGGAUGGUCUCGGAGAUGACAGCUUUGAUCUGAGCGAAGUAAUUCGCAGCGGCGAUGCGAGCGCUGCGGAGCUGCUGAAGCUCGUCGAUGGGAUAUGA